ACUUAUUUUAAGGUAUAUCACAGCUUUUUCCCGAAGUUACUUACCAAAUCCUUAUUUCAACUGUGCCUGGGUAUCUAAUAUAUGUACAUUCGGGCUUAAUUUCGCUUUUCUGUGGAUUAUUUCUUUAUUGUAUCGACGGGAACCGGACUGGGCAUCGGCCUAUUCGGUGCCGUCGGAGAUAAGAUUUCUGAGAUAAGGAUAAUAUAUCUAUCGUCAUUGAUCUUGGCUUACGGAAUCCGUGCAGCCUAGGGUCGGGAACUACCUUUUUUUCUUACCCGUAGCAAAACAACUAUCUUGGAGGAGUCCAACUACAUGUACUGCACGAGGUUGGAAGCUUGUCUUCCGCCUCUGAACUUUGCUACGUGCCGUAGCUAAUAUGUUCCGCAACGGAGUAGCGAAGCUCUACACCUGCCAAAUCAUCCCGAAACAGAGAAUCAAGGCUUACAAUGUAGCUCACGCGACCCCAACUCUAGUCGGUCGACGUCUUCCGAAUCAUGCGCGGAGUUUACAUCAAACUCGCUCGAUACAAACGUACUCCUCCUUCGAGCCCCUACGUCCUCCUUCACCCUCGUCGUUAGGCAAGCCGCAAGCGGCGCGAGACUUCAAGCGGAGUCGGAAAUGGGGCCGGCGGCUGCUGAUAUUCUCUGCUAUAACUGGUACCAUUUAUGUUAUCGAUAACAAGGCGUUCGCCGCGGGCAUCAGACGGUCCCUGUUGACCUUCGGCACGGGUCUCUGGGUCGCCCUCGACUACAAGAUCAACUUCCGCGCCGAGCCGCUUACUGGCGGCACGAUCGAGGAUCUGCACUUACGUAGCGCCGAGAAGCUGUUUAACCUGCUGCGCGCCAAUGGCGGUCUCUACCUUAAGAUCGGCCAAGCCAUUGCUAUGCAGAGCGCCGUCAUGCCGCCCGAGUUCCAGAAGAUGUUUUCAAGGAUGUUCGACGAUGCCCCGCAGGACGAGUGGAAAGAUGUCGAGAAGGUUAUUCGGAAGGACUUUGGCGGAAAGAGUGUCGAGGAGGUCUUCGGCGUUAGUUUCACCGGUGAAGAGGGUAAAGGUCUGAUGGAGCGUAGGGCGAGAGCCAGUGCAAGUGUCGCACAGGUACAUUGGGCCAGACUUCCGGAUGGAAGGGAAGUUGCAAUUAAGCUUCAGAAGCCCGAGAUUGCCAAGCAAGUGGGAUGGGAUCUCUGGGCCUUUAAAGUCGUGAUGCGGAUUUACACAUGGUGGUUUGACCUCCCUCUCUACAGCUUAGUUCCGUAUAUCACCGAACGGCUAAUGCUUGAGACGGAUUUUGAAGAAGAAGCCAAGAAUUCGGAGAUUAUGCGAAGUCUCGUCAACUCGGAACCCAGUCUCAAAGGCAGGGUAUACAUCCCCCAAGUCUACUCAGAAUUCACGACAAGAAGAGUCCUAGUUACCGAGUGGAUCGAAGGCGUCCGUCUUUGGGAUAAAGAUGCGACGCGUGGUCGAUGGCUGGGAGGCUCUGGCGUUGGGUCUCCUGGCGUCCAUGGUGCUCAGUUGGAUUUCAGCCCGUCGGACAUGGCGGCUGCUCGGCAAGAACUACGAGUAAAUCCAAUGAAAGAAAAUCUAAAGCCCGAUCGAGAGACCUGGAAAGGACGGACAGGUAAGGGCGGACUCGGCUUAUCGAGUAAGGAAGUUAUGACUACUAUGGUGGAUCUUUUUUCGGCUCAGAUAUUCAAAUGGGGCGUUGUACACUGCGAUCCGCAUCCCGGUAACAUUUUCAUAAGACGACUACCAUCAGGAAAGCCUGAAUUAGUUCUUAUCGAUCACGGGCUUUACGUUUACAUGACUCCCAAAUUCCGACACCAAUACGCACUUCUCUGGAAAUCGCUUUUAACUUUCGAUAAUAAGACAAUAGCCGAUGUCACAGCGCAAUGGGGUAUCAAGGCACCCGAUCUAUUUGCGAGCGCGACGCUUUUGCGCCCUUACGAAGGAGGCGAUCAAGCCACUCGGAAUAAGAUCAUGAAGCAGCUUGAGGGAAAGACGCCGUCGGAGAGACACUACGAGGCACAACGAAUGAUGAAGCAAGGCAUUCGCGAGGUACUAUCGGACGAGGAAAAGUGGCCUCAAGAGCUUGUCUUUAUCGGUCGGAAUAUGCGUAUCGUCCAGGGCAACAACCAAUUUAUGGGAUCUCCUGUCAAUCGUGUUAAGAUAAUGGGCAACUGGGCGAGCCGGAGCUUGUUCCAAGACCCGAAUCUACCUUUCAGGGAUCGCAUGUUCAACGCAUGGCGACAUCUUUUAUUUAAGACCAUCUUGUUCGCGACAGAUGUAGCAUUCUACACUUUUAAAGUCCGGCAAUGGUUAGGAUUGGGAGGCGGUAUGGAAGAUGAAGUCGAGGCCAGGAUGAGGGAGAUGGCUAAAGAUUAUGGCGUCGAGCUGCAGCAUGAGGUUUUCGAGGGUUGAAGGUCUAAGUUUAGAUCUAGAGAUCUAGAGUUGAGGGUUACCUCGGAAAACAAGAAGACUCUGUAGAACCAUAAAACAUAGAUGGGGUUAGACGGCUGGCAUAUACAUAGAGCAGCACCAGGUCGACUUGUAUUAUAGGUGGAGACGAACCCCCCUUGAAAAACUACUUACACCUCUUGACUUCUUUUUUGGAGCGAUCUGCAGACGCUGUGUAAGAUACGAGGUGGAUAGUUUAUAUACUUGAUGCUGUUUCCCCGUUUGA